GGGAGUAGUAGUUUAAACAGGCCGUGCCAGCUUGUUGCCUGACGUUUUGACGAGCAUUAUACAUGAGGAUCUCUGCAGAGGGAAGUCCAUCAUAGACAUGAAAAUAGAGGCCAGGCGUGUUUGAGGUUUUGGAAACAUGUCCAAGAAAAGGGGCAGGAAGCGCAGCAGCGGCGAGCUGAGCGACAGUCUCGCCCCAGAUCCCAACAACCUGCUGGGCCGACGGAUCCAGCACAGCUGGAGGGAGAAGGGCGCGCUGACCAAGUGGAAGGGCACCGUGCUGGACCGCCUCAGCGUCAACUCCUCUCUGUUCAUGGUCAAGUACGACGGCUUCGACUGCGUCUAUGGCAUCGAGCUCUUUAAGGACGAGAGAGUCUCUAACCUGCAAGUUCUUACCGAGAAAGUGGUGAACAACAAGAUCAAGGUUCCUCAUGACGCAGAGGAGCUGGUGGGAAAAGCCGUGGAGCAUCUGUUUGAGAAGGAGGACGGAGAGAAGAACGAGUGGAGGGGGAUGGUCCUGUCCCGAGCGCCCAUCAUGACCAACUGGUACUACAUCACAUAUGAGAAGGACCCCGUGCUCUACAUGUACCAGCUCUGGGACGACUACAAAGACGGAGACCUCCGGAUUUUACCUGAAGCGGAGAACAAACACCUGCUGCCUGCAGACAGGAAGCCCGGUGAGGAAACAGAGAGCCUUGUGGGUAAGCAGGUGGAGUACGUGACGGAUAAAGGGGUGAAGAGAACAGGCCUCGUCAUCUACCAAGUUCCCGCCAAGCCCUCCGUCUACUACAUCAAAUACGAUGAUGAUUUCCACAUCCACGUGUACGACCUGGUCAAGACCACCUAAAAAACCACAGACAAAACAAAGAAACCCGAGACAAGCCCACAGCGCUUCACCUCUUCAUAGCUUAAGUAUCAUCGCCUCUCAUUGUACAGUCUGCCAUGCCUCGUCGCGAAGGGCUGGCCGCAGAGGUGCCGUAUGAAGCGUCCGUGUACAGGGUUUGUUAUUUUGUGUUGAUGUCACAGCUUAGGGAGACGAUUUUUACAAUUGUCAUAUCAAAACAGUGUAUUUAUACGUGUGCGUUGGGCAUCAUUUGGUAUGUUUAUAAUCCCAUGGAAUAGCUUCCAUUCACCCGUAAACCAUGGAGAGGGUUGCAUUUUCGUAUGUACGAAUGCUCAAGGAGUUUUGAAUUGUAAAUAGUUAUGACCGCAGGUCAAAAAAAAGUCACGUCAGAGAGACAUUUGAUUACAAAUCGUACAGUGAGAUUCUCUAACUGACCUAUUUAUUGAACUAAUACGCUUCAUAACGCAGAAUUGCUGUUGGCAUUAUGCGACGCAUAUUGUGGCUUUUAGUUGCGUUUUCCCCCAAAUCAGAUCACAUCUGCAGUGAAACAAAUGAGCGCCAUUCAAGAGGGUUGCCCGUCUUGUCCUGUAUUAAAUAAUUUGUGCUUUAUUUGUUUUGUUGUUAAACAGCAGAAGAGCACUUGUGUGUGAACACCAAACUACAGCUGCGAUUUUGAAUGUCAAGCAUAGCAAAAAUGAAAACAGUCUCCUGUUGAUUGUAGUAAGGUUUAUUGCAAAAAUACGAGUUUAUGUAGCCCAGUUGAUUUGAAAUUUAGCAGGCCUCGGUUUAGAAAACACAAAUUCAAUCCAGCAGGCUGGAUAGACCCGUUAGAUCUCUACAAACAUCAUAACAUCUGCCUUACUGUGAAAUAAAUUGGUCUUAAAUGAUUUUUUUUGAUUACAUUCACUAUGUUUAUGUUCAUGUUUUUGUCCCAGCCGAUCUGAGCAGAGCUUCAUGAUUUCAUGAGUUGUAAUGAGGAGUGAUUUUUGUUGUCUUCAUGUGUCAGAUCGACUCUUCAUCACAGCCCUUUACAGUGAUAAAACAGCACAACUUUAAAUGUCUUUUGUGAGCCUUUUUCCUCUUCUUGCAUCGCUUCACGUUUUGUUGUAAAUGAUGCACAUGAGCGUGAUAAUUGGCCACCUGUUCAUGUAGCUCAAUAGACCUUUUUUUGCUUGUAGUAUUUGCACUUUAUUCUUACAAUGUUGUCUGUAGUCUGAAAAUAAUUGUUAAUUUCAGCUACAAAAAACAGUGUCUUACCCGACACUAAAAUAAAAUAUAGAGCAAGCAAUUUGAACUAAACUGAAAUUGUGCAACUUAUAUAUGAUAUUAUUAACCCAAUUCCAUAUAUAUACUAAACUAAUUUGAUCACAUCAAAUUUACCCACUACAUACUAUUGACUUGUAUAUGAAUGGAUUUGGUUAUGUAAAUGUAAUGCAUACAAAUGGGGAUUUCAUAUGUAAAUGUCAGACAUUCAGCUCUGCUCUCUGAUUGGGUGUAUUUGCUGAUCUUUUCCUGCUGUGGUUUGCAUGUCUUUCUCGGACAGACUGACAGUUUAUGAAUUCCUUCAGUGCAUUAGCCCUUCACACAGAUGCAUCAGUUGUUUAUUGUGUAGUUUUAUUCUAGUUAGAUAUUUAUUAUGCCAUUAUCAAAAACACAUUGCGCGAUUAAUUAAUUUUUUGGAAAAGAUAAGUGGUUUGUUUCUCCAGACAUAAAUCUUUUUGGGCAACACAAUUUGGGGUUACAGGAAAGUAUUGUUCAGUGAAAUGCACAUUUCUAUAAAUAGAUUGUUCUACUUUCAGCUGUUCAUAUGGAUUGAGUUUCUGGUCCGUUUGCCAUCACAUCAGGUGGAUCGUUCUCUGUAUAUUCUCCGUUGUGCUUUAAAAACACUUGUACUAUAUUUCUGCUUUCCCUGUAGACAAAAGGUUUGAUGAUUUUGACAUCUUCAUGGUUUCACGACCCUCAGCAGGCUUCUGUGGUUUUUCUUUCUCCUAACUGUGAACGAGUAAUUCUCUCUGGCUUCUUUGUAAAUGUGUUUUAUCGUGUGGUCUGCGAGCUUCUGCCGGUUCCUCUGGUUCUUCUAUUUAAUCUGUUCAUUUGCUGCUUUUUACCAAAGUUACGUUUCAGUAGGUGACGUUGAGGAGUGUCAAACUAUUCAUCCUGUCUGUUUGUGUAAUGAUGUUAUCGUAAAUAAUAAAAGAGAUAUUUUUUGCACUGAAAAUGUUGUCAUGGUAAUU